AUGACGCAACUUCAAGAUUGCAUCGCAAGGUCAGCGGCGUCCAACGGCGUCGCCUCCUUGACGAUGAAAUAUGCUGACUGGAGUCACAGCAUGUACGCCACCGGCGACUACUCUGACCUCACCGUCAAAUGCGAGUCAAGAGAGUGGACGGCAAGUACGCCAGUGCCGACCAUCGCUAAAGACGAUGUCAUCGAGAUCCACAGCUCUGCGGAAGUCGUAAACGCGAUGAUCAAAUUCUUCUACCGAGGCACCUACAGCGACGACUGGUGCAAAUUGCCUCAAGCUGAGUGCGGACCCAUGGCCUUCAACCUCAAUAUGUUCAGCGCGGCGGACCUGUACGACAUCCCAGGCUUGGGACAGCUCGCUAAGACCAAGCUACUGUCGCGGCUAGAGGAGAUGGCCGAUGUUCAAGACUUCCGCAGCACCAUCAUAUUGAUGUACCAAGACGGUGAGUUGCCCUUUGACUCAGCCGCAAUACGCGGGAAGGUCAUCGAAUUAGCCAUACGUGAGCACUGUGGGUCCGUGGACCCCGUUACUGGCGCUGUCGAGGAUUCGGCCAUCGACGACCUCAUGGAAGAUUUCCCAGUCUUCGGCAAGGACCUACUCGUGGCAUUCGUGGAGCGCUUCACGCUGUUGCGUGAAGACGCCGAAAAGCGGAAGCAAUCUCUCGAGCAACGCGCGAGGGUACUCACAUAUGAGCGACUGCAGCAUGAAGCCGAAAUUGAGCUGAGUCUCAAAGAACUCGAGAAACAACGAGCCGAGGCUACUCAACGCCAAGACGAGUCCCUCCAACACUUCCGUGACCAAACCAUGGAGCUUGAAAAGAAAGGUAAGUCCAGCGAGAAGAAGGAAGCGGAUUUGGUGAAGCGGGAGACGAGUAUCGAGCAGAAGGAAGCGGAUAUGGUGAAGUGGCAGAUGUGUCUCGAGCAGAAGGAAGCGGAUUCGGUGAAGUGGCAGACGAGCAUCAAUCAGAAGGAGGCGGAUUUGGUGAAGCGGGAGACGGGCAUCGAACAGAGAGAGGAGAUUUACACGCGUUGGUACAGCGGUGGCGAACUUUUCCCGAAGAUAGAGUGUCAGGAGUGCGGCUGCAUCUUCGUCGUCAUCGAUGAGAAGACGGCAAUCGAGUCACUCCACUGUCCUCUUUGCAAGACGAACAGGGAACCGGAGCGUCACUCGCGCUGGACGAAGCUGAAGUCGCUGUUCUCCAAGUAA